UCGACUCAGCAUGCCUGAUUGUUGACAGCUCCGUACAGCACAAUGGCCGAAAUCCAGGAUACACAACCUGCUCGGGUUGAUAUUUCCAAAAGCAGCAGCAAUGUGCCAGCCGAAGGAUAUGAUAAGAAAUGUAUUUUCUGCAGGAUUGUAAACAAUGAAAUGGGCACAGAGCUUCUUCACUGUGAUGAAGAGAUCUCAUGUUUCAGGGACAUCAAACCUGGAGCCCCCCAUCACUACCUUGUUGUCCCAACCAAACAUGUAGGAAACUGUAAAUCCCUCACUAAAGAGCACGUACCCUUGGUGAAGCGGAUGGUCGACAAAGGGAAGGAAAUCCUGGAAAAAAACAACAUAACGGACCUCAGUGAUGUCAGAUUUGGUUUCCACUGGCCUCCAUUCUGUUCUGUCACACACCUCCACCUUCACGUCCUGGCACCUGCUAGUCAAAUGGGCUUUAUGUCACGUCUCUUCUACAGACUCAACUCCUACUGGUUCAUCACAGCAGACCAGCUGAUUGAUCUUCUCAACUCUAAAGGCGAGACAAACUGAUCACUGGAUCUGGAUCAUUGGAUCUUGCCAUAUGUGACUGACUGCACUGAGGUGACUUGCAGAUCAGGCGUCUUGCAGAUAUCAUACUGGAAACUACUUUGCUGACUGUUUGUCUACAACUAAUGACUGUAUUUUAAACAGGUGCUAUACCUGCGUGAGAUUUUAUAUCCUAAGUAGUAUGAGACAUAAAGCCUUAAAGCCUCUUUUAAAAUCCCUAACAAGUGCUGUAAGGAACACUGGAGUUUUGACAAGAUAGGUAAAUUUAUUUAAAUCUGCUCUAAUAAAAUUGUAUUGCUUUUAGGGACCAAUGAGCAAUCAACUUUGAAUUCCUAUAAAAUAGAACAGUGUGUUCAUUAUCAUCCUGUUACAGAAACACUUCAGUACGCUUUGCUUCCUUCUUCCUUCUUAGAUUUCUGUAUAGUGAGCUCAGUUAGACAAACACACUUGGGACACUACUUGUUUUUGCAUUAAAGGUACUAGAUUGUUGGCUAAAUAUAAAUACUGACAUGAAUGUUUGUGAUAAGUCCAUAUUAUACCAAGCAUAUCUCAGCAAAUUACUGAAACGUCUUUCUCUCUUUCUUUUAAACUGACUGUAAAUUUCCCUUUGACACAGUGCAAGAUAUUAUACAAUGUGGGUAAUGGCCAGCGGUAGUGUGCUACUUUCUGUGAGGCAUUAUGGGCUACUUAGAGUGCCCUGUACACACUGACACAGAGAGAGCACAGAAGAUACAGUGUAAAACCCACUGUAUACUGAGUGUUCUGGGAUUUCAGAUUUCUCACAGGCCGUUUGAUUUCCUGUCUUGCACAGCUGCUUUCAUGCCUUGUAUGUCUGCUCUAUAACAUGAAACUGCAGAAACCCCCACCCCCCCCGAAAGUUUGCAUUAUUGAUAUCAAUCAUAUAUAAACUGAUAAUCUUGGCUAUGAGUUCUUACAUCAAGCUUGCAAUUUGUGAAAACCACUCAGUAAUCCUCUGAUGCUGAUAGUAAUGUUAAUUUAUUUUGUUAUCAAUGACCUCAUCAAGCAGUGAAGUACAAUUGGGGGGGGGGGGGGGUUCAAUGUCAUGUGGAAAGAUGAAUGAAAGUAUGUGCUGUGAAAUUAUGUUAUACUUUGCAGUGGUAAUUGGAAUAAAACCAACAACAACAAAAUGUACUGUACAAAAGGUAUGCACUUUAAGAAUGGCUUUAAUUUAGAAUAAACAGUAUUCUGUUGCUUCUCAGUGCCUUUGUAGUAUCUCAGUAUGGUUUACAUACAGACCCUUUUUCAGUUUCACUCUUAACCCACCUGCAGUAACACUUUAACACACAAGACAUCAUUUCUUAUCUUUAUUAUGAUACAAUUAGGAGACCGUGUUAAUCUAUUAAUGCUGUGUGUUUAAAAAAAAUAUAUUCCUGUACUUUCAUACUUUCAAUAAGAGCUGGUACUCAGUCUAUAGUUCCUUAUGAUGUGGUUCUUAUUGCUUUAAAGCUGCACUAUUAGUUUCAAAAUUUGGAACUGUAGCAAUAUUGUGUCAUUGCAAAGCACACUUAAAAUAAAUACAUGUUGAAGCA